AUGGCCACCAGGAUGGGCAUGCAGUCGGAGGAGAUAACCUGCACCGGCGUCGAUGAGGCGGAGCGAAGAACGGAGGCGAUGCCGGGAUGCGCCGGCUCGAUGCGCCUGGUGCGUCGUCCCUCCCGCAAAGGCCGCUUGGAGAUGUGCGCUCUUGGGGCAGGAGGGAGCAGCAGCGUCACAUGGGUAGCAGGGGCGGGCGGUGUCGCGAGGUGGAUGGUUCAGGGGACGUGGCGGCGCAAGCGCCGGGGCAGUGCAGAUUUCGGCGUGGCCGCACGGGUGCCGGGGCAAGCUCUAUCUCCUGGAUAUCGCAGGACCAAUGUCACGCUGUGA